GAGAGAGAGAGAGAGAGAGAGAGAGAGAGAGAGAGAGAGAGAGAGAGAGAGAGAGAGAGAGAGAGAGAGAGAGAGAGAGAGAGAAAGAGAGAGAGAGAGAGCAUUUCAAAAUAACAGUGAUAAAGUUGGAGUUUUUAUUUUUCACAAAUAUACAGUGACAUCCUUUUGGGAAAAAAUCCUAGUUUAAAGAACUUUAUUUUUUAGGGAAUACCGGUACUCAAAUAGAUAAUUCACACAAACACUUUUUUUGUUGGUGACUGAGUUUGUUGGGAGAGCAGUCAUCUACAUGCUUCGUUGGUUUUAAGUGGUAUUUGCGUCUGUGGUAAUUAACUAAUCUAGCAUCCUGUGUCCUGUGGGGGUUGUGAGGUAAUCUUGAAUGGCAUAAUGAGAUUUCACUGUCUACAACCACUGAUGACUGCUGCUACAGUACACCGAGUCUGCAAGGUUCCCCGUCAACAACAGUAUGAUGAGUGAGGACACCUGAUUUCAUCAAUGGAAUAAAACAGAAACACGGAUAGUGGACAGAAGCAGUGGACCUCCACCAUCCUGCUAUGGAGGGGUCAUCUGUGAAAAAAAAACCAGGAUAUCGACCAAACAAAAAAGCAGGAGACUGCAGCAGUGCAGAAAUCGGUCAACCCAGGAAACUCAACGGUUCCUCGGCAGAGAUACCUAGCUACCAGAAUCUGCAUCGGGAGCUGCUGCUUAGCCACAAACGAGGUCUGGUGCUGGAAGAGAAACCAGAGCUGAAGCGAGUUCUGGAGCAGCGCAGGCUGGAGCUGCACAGGGAGGAGGAGAUGGCUCGAAGACGGCCUUCGGAUCUGGAGACGGAGCUCCUUAAGAGGCAGCAGAAGCUGAAAGAGUAUGAGCAAGAGGAGAUAAGGCAGCGGGAGAACCAACAGAAGAUCCCUGAGUUUGUCCGAGUCAGGGACAAACUGAGACGCACGCAGACGUUGGACCAGCCCUAAACAGCUCCUGGUGCAGCCUCUCACCGCUGUGGCCCUGAACCUUUACACCUGCCGCCUACCGAGCUCCAAACGUACCAGAACAUACUUCAUCAUCAUCAUUUAUCUAUUUGUAGAGCACUUUUACACCAACAGUCAUGGUGGCCCAAAGUGCUGUGUACAGUACACUACUUCAUUCAUUUUACAUUUUAGCUUAAAAUGAAUCUUUUCAUUUUGCAUGCAGACAAAAAUCUGUUUAGGAGUUCCUUCUGAGAACACAUUCGUGGUUCUGUUCCCAGAGAGGCCAUGAAGAGCUCAGCGUUGUGAUUAGAAGUUACAAAUUUAGCUAAAAGCAUCAGUGUUCAACUCCUGCAUGUAAAUGUUACUGGAACCACGUACAAGUUACCAGAUUUCUGUUUCCUCCCUAAGGAGAAGAGAGGGUUAUGAAAGGGUCACAUGAGGUCAGCCUAAUUCUUCUCAAUGUGAUCAACCCAGUUGUUUUGCAUAACUCAGAAACUCUCUCCAAACAUCACAAAACCACAAGUUUGUUUACCUGUUUCUGUCACGACUUUUGAUUUUUAGUGAGUGUGUGUGUUUGUUUGUGAGUGUGUGUGUGUGUGUGUGUGUGUGUGCUGUGAAAAUAAAAGGUUUUAUGGUUUGGAAUGAUGUGUUACUGAACCGGACACAGGAAUUGAUUUGCAGGCAACUCCUCUCCCCGAGGACCCUCAUGGCCCUUUCACAUGGAUAUGGGACUCGUUUUAAUUAGCUAAUCUUUUCAUUCCAUCACGGGUCGAAAGGAGGGGGGAAAAAGGGCCAUCUGGUGGAGGCAUCUCUGGAUGUGUAGGCUAGGAGGACCCACGCGUCUGGAGACAUUUGGGAUGGUCAGAGAAGUCACAGCUAAAGAAUGACCAUUUCAGAUAUUUCAAGUUGCAGAACACACGAGCAGUGCAAACAUAAUGACUAAUACUAAAAAUAUUAUUACUGAAGGGUCAAAGGUCAGGAGUUUGUUCUACAAGAAAGGCAGCUAUGGCUGAAGAGUUAAUC